AUGUCCCUAGCUGUGCAGCAGGAACUGGAGGCUUUGAAACAGAAACUGCGGGGACCACCGGCCCACUACGAGGGCGUCAGGGAAGAGGAGAAGGUCCUGUGCGCCGAGAUCGGCGAGAGAUCCGCCAUCUACACGCGGCGGACGCAAGACCUCAAAGACACAGUGGCCUCCUUCUUGGAGGCCCUGACGUGUGCGCGUGAAGACAUGAACGGCAAACUGAAGGAGUUGGCCGUGGAGAUCGAUUCCCUUCCGAAGGGCGGCGGCCACGAAGCCUCAUAG